AUGGCGGUCGAGGACACAUCAACCCCUGCGGGUGCUGGCAGGGCAGCAGCAGCCUUUCUCCAUGACCUUGAAGGUAGCAAAGAUCCUGCUCAGUGUCCACCUCAGCCAUCGUCUCCUUCAAAGAAGAGUCGAUCAAAGAAGAAGGCACAAAUCUCUGAGGGGACCGCUGAUCCGAAGUGGAUCAACGCCUUUCGUGGUUUGGCAGAGGGAUGCAAGGAGAAAGUCAAUGACGAGGUCUUGACAGAGUGCGCCAAGGCGGCGCAGCGCCUGGAGCCAAAGGCUGCGGAGCUCUGUGAAGUUGCUGCAAAGGCAGGAUUCGAUGUAAAUGACCUCGGACGUGCUGUGUGCAAGCUGCUGUUCUUCGAGCCUACCGUUGGCCAACAGCGGUCUCAGGAUCAAGAAUGCGAUGAUCUGCAGAUAGUUCCGAAGCACUCAGAGGGUGCAAAUGCCCGCAAGGGCACCAAGAUCCUUCAGCUGGCUGAGGAAAGCCUCAGGACAGAGCCAAAGGGACUGCUCUCUCAGAGGAGUACAGUCUGCAUGAAGGCCCUCGAUUCUGGUGAGGAGGAGGAAGAGGAGGAAGGGGCCAUCAUGACGGACAAGUACUCCUACAAGAUGGCAGCAGAGAAGAGCGAGAAGAAGCGCUCUUCAGCACAGGCGCCUGUGCCAGCGAAAGGCGCUGAUGAUCCUCAUCCGUUGUAUGAGGCUAUGGUUGACUUUCAGGGAGAGGUGCAAUGUCUGGAGGAGGCUCUUCAGGAAACUCCGGCAGCGGCCCUGCAGGCACCUCUGGAUGAGGGAAGAUCGAUUCCCUCACCGCUGUUUUAUGCUGUGGGUCAUUUGAAGAGCCCUGGAGUCGUGAAGUUAUUGCUGCAGAGCCAGGCGAAUCCCAGGGCGCGCUUUAGUAUGAGCAGCUGGGGGAUCUUUGAGAAAGGCAUGACGGCCUUGGAAGCUGUCCAGAAGCACCAGAGCACUGGCGAUUUCCGGAUGCAAGCCAUCGGCGAUCUUCUGCGGCAGUCGCAGGAGAAGCUGGGCCAGGGCUCCGAGCAACUCCCGUCUAAGGCCAGGCCUCGCUCCCUGAGCUUCAGCGGCCAGAGCGGCCCACUCCACCUGCACAGUGCCACCUCGGAGCUGCUCCUGGGCCAGCGCUCCGAGCCUCUCGGGCCCGGCGCCAUCCAGGAAGAGUACGUCGUGCAGCAGUCCGUCGAUGCCGCAACCUUCAAGAGGCUCGGACGAAGGCACAGCCACAUGCCGGUGGUUCGGAGGAUGAGCUUGGCAAACCGGCGCCCCAGCUUGGUGCGGCCCAUCAUCUUCUGCAAGCAUGUGGAUGGCCAUCCUAGCCAGAUGUACGAGAUGGGCAAGCAGAUUGGCGCCGGCACGUUCGGCACAGUCUGGAAAGCCAAGCAUACGCAGACUGGUCAGCUGCAUGCGAUCAAGAGCUGCCCGAAGAAGCUGAUACCCAGCGACGAACUUUGGGCCGAGAUUGACAUUAUGAAGCAGCUUGACCAUCCUCACAUCAUGCGCCUGUACUACACCUUCGAGGAUGAGCAGUGCAUCUUCAUUGCCUCAGAGCUUUGUGAAGGUGGCGAGCUGUUCAAUGCCAUGAUUGAGGCAGGGGCUCUAAACGAGCAAACUGCGGUGCUUCUCUUCAAGCAGAUCAUGAGCGCGGUCUCCUACAUUCACAUGAACAUGGUGUGCCACCGCGAUUUGAAGCCCGAGAACUUUCUCAUCUCCAAGAAGUGCGAGAUCAAGGACAGCAAAGUCAAGCUCAUCGACUUUGGAACCGCGAAGCGCUUCGACUUGCACCCGCUCACGACCAAGGUGUGCACGGUGCAUUAUGUUGCCCCAGAGGUCCUCAAGAAAAGCAUGGAUCCAUAUACAGAAAAAGUGGAUGUGUGGUCCGCCGGGGUGGUUCUGUUCGUCAUGCUGGCCGGCACACCCCCAUUUCACAGUGAUGAUGACGUCGAGCUGAUGAAGAAGGUGAAGAAGGCGAAGUGGGAGUUCAAGCCAGAGAAGGCAUGGCGACGUGUCUCUGAGUCAGGGAAGGAGCUGGUGUCCAGCAUGUUGACGAAGGAGGUCGAUGCGAGACCUCACUCUGCUGAGGUCUUAGCAGCCGACUGGUUUCGUCAGGAGGUGGUGGCGAAGCAAGACACCAAGGUAGAUGAAGAUAACCUGACUCAGAUGCGGACCUUCGUCGCACAGAGUCGACUGAAGAAGGUUGCCCUUCAGAUCAUUGCUCGACAGAUCUCGGAUGACACCAUUGAGAAGCUUCGUGGCAUUUUCCUGUCGUUGGACGACGACCAUUCGGGUACCCUGUCAGUGGAGGAGAUCGAUGAUGCUUUGGAGCGCUUAGAAGUGGAGGAGCCGAUCCGCAUCGAGAUGAGGCGCCUGAUGCAUGAGAUCGAUGUCGACGGGAGCGGAACCGUAAACUACACAGAGUUCAUCGCCGCCAACAUCUCGAAGAAGCAGUAUUUGCAGGAACAGGUCUGCAAGGCAGCUUUUCACAUUUUCGACGUCAAUGGUAAGAAACCUGGACUGUGUCGGCGGUUUGACUUGCCCUGCGUGAGCCACUCUGUUUCAGAUGUUUCAGCCGGUCAGCCAACGCAACCAGCCAUUGUGCAGCAUGUUGCCAGGUGCCUAAGUAUGCAAGCAGGCGUUGGAAUCGAUAAGCGGAGAACCGAAUUUAAUCUCGAAAAGUCGAAAAGUUAA